AUGGCAAAAAAGAAGAAGCCUGCCGCCAAUCCGGCACGCGGAUUUGCUACAACCUCCAUCGCCUCCAAACCCAGGCCUGAAGCCCCGGAACCGGAAGCAAAGCCGUUGCCCCGAGUUGCAAAGACUGCCGACGAUGCCCCUCCAUCGCACCAAAGUGCCCCGCCAUCUACCGAUUCCACGAUUGGUGAUGCUGCUGGUGCUGGAUCAUGUCAACAGCGCACUCAGGAUAAGACCUUGAGCCCAGAGGAGUUUGAGAGGCAGCUAGAGGAAUCGGAGCUGCAACUUUUAGUCGAAAAAUACUCACAGAAGACGAAGCGUGAUGCCCAGCGACAACGAACUCGUUUAGAAACCGACCGUCGAAUUCUCAGAGGCCAAGCUGACUUGUUUAAUGCUCCUAAAUGGCUUCCACCCGACAUGGUAGAUUACAUUCUCGAUUUGAUCAAAGCGGAGACGAGAUUCUCAGCUUCUAGUACCUUGUCCGAGAACGUGGGCACUGGAAAACUGCCCUCUGAAGAAGACAUGAUCCUCCGUUUGUGGACCCUCCGCCAAACUUUGGCGUCCGUUGGAUUUCCAGACCUCAGAAUAGAACCAGUCUUGAAACACAUUUUAGACAUUGCGCCAAACGUCUCUUCAGCCGCAAGGGACUCGCUUUGGGGCUUGGAAGAAGCUUUAGAUUGGCUGGCUCGGGAAAGCUCUGCUGACGAGCUUCCCCCAUAUGAAUUCAAGGGCAAAUUUCUUUCAAAAGACACUCCUACCGAAACUCCUAAUGUCUCUCGACCGGGAACCCCCAAACCGCAAUUGAUUUCCAGUAAACAAAAGGGAACAGUACGUGCCGGCAAAGCAACACCAGCGAACAAGAAGUUUUCCGUCACUUAUGAUGUCGAUAUUGAACCAGAGGACUUGAUUCCUGAAUAUAUUGCCGCAAAAUCCAAAUUGCUGGAACUAAGUCGCAAGCGCAAGUCUCCUCACAUCAAUGACGAAGCCGAGAUGGAGACGGCCAAGCUCGAAGCAAAGGUCAGGAAGAUUGAGAAUGAUGUCCUUUUCGACAAGUUCCACGCCGAUUCAAUAUGGAGGUCUGAAAAGGUUGCCAUAGAACGAAGACUGGCGGCUGCAAAGAAGGAGGCACAAAAUGAAGCUGGAGAAGCGACGCCACGGGCCGAAGAAGCACCUUUAAACAAGUCUGUCGACAAGGACAUAAAUGAUGAAGCAGAACGUAUCGCCGCGGAAGUUUUGUCUGAGCAAGACGAUGAUGGCUACAGCAUUGCGGACCUGUUUGCGUCGCUGCCUCAGAAUGAAGUAGACCCAAGCACAGGAAAAACCCAAACAGUGGUUCAUAACGCCGGAGGCUCCACGCUUAUUAUCCGUGAAUUUGGCGAAUGGACGGGUGUCAGCCCUAGACAGAUUCUUGAAGAGGCAUGCCGCUCUAGGGACUCUUCAGUCAAAUUCGAGUUUGCGGUACUGUCGGAAACUACGUUUGCUAGCCGCCACUCUGUAGAAAUUCAAUGGAAGAAGGCUCAGGAACUGCCCCAAGCUCCGGUAUCCUCAGAAGUUGAAGUUGUCGCCGACGCUACAAACUUCACGUUCGCAAUGAAAGGUGUGGCUGCGGCCGACAAAAAACAGUCCGAGGCCUUUGUUUGCACGGCAGCUCUCUUCCAUAUAUUCAGCAACAGUCCCAAAGAUGGAAAAGUCAAUCUUCGUCUGCCACCUGCUUGGAAAGAUCUCUGGUAUGAAAUGGCUGAAGCAAAGAAAAACCAUCUGGACGCUCAAGAUCGGGAGUCUGUGAGGUCUUUGAGAACAAUGGUCCGCCAGAGACAAGAUCAGGAGUUGGAAGAUGGUGUCAUUGCAUUCCGGGGUCGUGGAGCGGUAAAACCCUCUCUCGAUCCAGCGGAAAACGGGGCUCUGGAUCGUUCAAAGUUGAAUGCUGCAAAUGCCGAAGCCCUAAGAGCAGUAUGGGCCGAGAAGUCCAGCACCAACAAGUUCCAGCUCAUGCUGAAAUCUCGCAUGCAGCUCCCCAUGUGGCAGUUCCGACCCCAAGUUCUGAAAGCCGUGGAGGAAAAUCAGGUUGUGAUUGUGUGCGGAGAAACAGGAUGUGGCAAGAGCACGCAAGUCCCUGCUUACUUGCUGGAACAUGAGCUUUCUCAGGGCAAACAUUGCAAGAUUUACUGCACAGAGCCUCGACGGAUUUCGGCCAUCUCUCUGGCUCGGCGUGUAAGUGAGGAGCUCGGCGAGAGCAAGAAUGACCUGGGAACCAACAGAUCGCUUGUCGGUUACUCAAUCAGGCUCGAGGCCAACACGUCGAGAGAGACACGCCUCGUCUUUGCCACGACCGGCAUCGUGAUGCGCAUGUUGGAAGGAUCCAGCGAUCUUCGAGAGGUCACUCAUCUAGUGCUUGACGAGGUCCACGAGCGCUCGAUAGACAGCGAUUUCUUACUCAUUGUUUUGAAGAAGCUCUUGACGCAGAGGAAGGAGCUCAAAGUCGUGCUCAUGUCAGCCACUGUGGAUGCCGAGCGGUUCUCAAACUAUCUUGGCGGUGCUCCGAUCCUCAAUGUUCCUGGAAGAACGUUCCCAGUAGAUGUACGCUAUCUGGAAGACGCUGUUGAGCUGACGGGAUACCGUCCGAGUGACUCGCCGGAGGAGAAAAUGGUCGAUCUUGACGAUGAUGUGGUGGAGGGGGACAAUAACGGGCCGAAAAGCGAGGUCUCUUCGAGCCUGUCGACGUACUCUGCCCAAACAAGGAGCACGUUGGCGCAAAUUGAUGAGUACCGCAUUGAUUUCGACUUGAUGCUGCAGCUCAUGGUGCGGAUAGCCUCGGACGAAUCUCUCAAGUUCUACAGCAAGGCCAUCUUGGUGUUCUUGCCAGGCAUAGCAGAAAUCAGAACACUAAACGACAUGCUCCUUGGAGAUCCGCGAUUCGCCAAGGACUGGCUCGUCUACCCGCUGCACUCUUCCAUCGCCACAGAAGACCAAGAAUCCGCCUUCCUGGUUCCUCCGCCGGGAAUGCGCAAAAUCGUGCUGGCGACCAACAUUGCCGAGACCGGCAUCACCAUCCCCGACGUGACCUGCGUGAUUGACACCGGCAAACAUCGCGAAAUGCGGUUCGACGAGAAGAAGCAGCUCUCCCGCCUGAUAGACACUUUCAUCUCGCGCGCCAACGCAAAGCAGAGACGUGGUCGUGCCGGCCGCGUGCAAAACGGCCUCUGCUUCCACAUGUUUACAAAGUUCCGCCACGACAACAUCAUGAGCGACCAGCAGACGCCCGAGAUGCUCCGCCUGUCCCUCCAGGAUCUUGCUAUUCGCGUCAAGAUUUGCAAAAUCGGAGGCAUUGAGGAGACGCUCAGCGAUGCGCUGGACGCCCCGUCCGCCAAGAACAUUCGACGCGCCAUUGAUGCCUUGGUUGAUGUCCGCGCAUUGACGUCGGCCGAGGACCUGACUCCGCUUGGACGUCAGCUCGCGAGGCUACCGCUAGACGUCUUCUUGGGAAAGCUCAUCCUCCUCGGCACCGUCUUCAAGUGUCUGGACAUGGCGAUUACCGUGGCGGCAAUCCUAUCUUCCAAGUCUCCCUUCUCGGCCCCGUUUGGCCAGCGCGCCCAGGCCGACAACGCAAGGAUGGCUUUCCGCCGCGGCGAUUCCGACCUCCUCACCAUCUACAACGCUUACUCCGCGUGGAAGCGUGUGUGCCAGUCCAACAGCGGCGUGGGCAAGGAGUUUCAGUUUUGCCGCAAAAACUUCCUCAGUCAGCAGACGCUGGCCAACAUUGAAGACUUGAAGGGCCAGCUGCUGGUGUCGUUGGCCGAUUCGGGCUUCCUCUCGCUCACAGAAGAGGAGCGCCGGGCCUUGUCGCGGCUUCGAUUUGCGCAAGGCCGGCGCCGCCAGCAAAGCUUUUACGAAGUCCCACGUCGGGUGAAUAUCAACAGCGACAAUGACUUGGUGUCGGCUUCGGUAAUUGCCUGGAGCUUCUAUCCAAAGCUGCUGGUGAGAGACACCCCGGGGACAAAGGGUCUGCGGAACAUUGGCAACAACCAGUCCAUCAGCUUGCACCCCACGUCUGUCAACAGGGGGUUUCUCGAUCUCAAGUGGUUGUCGUACUACCACAUUAUGCAGUCCAAGACUGUUUACCAUGCUCACGAAACCACCGCCGUUGAGCCAUUCGCCAUUGCUCUUCUCUGCGGCGACGCCCGCUGCGAUAUGUUCUCCGGCGUCAUCGUCCUCGACGGCAACAGGGGCCGCUUCGCUCUGCCCGACUGGAAAACAAUGCUCGUCGUCAAGGUCCUCCGCACCCGACUCCGCGAACUCCUCACCAGAUCGUUCAAGCAGCCCGGGAAGCUGCCCACGGCGCAGCAGCAGAAGUGGCUGGAUGUCUGGCAGCGGCUCUUCACCCACGAACCGCAACCAGACUCCAAGACGGGGGUGUCCCUAGCGGUGGCCAAGGCAUAG